CAUCGGCCGAUGCAUGUUUGUUCUUGUCGGUCUCAAUGGUGAACGCCCCCAUCCAUGUCGCUGUCACAGCACAGAGUGUCUGUCAAUCCUGUCGCAUCGGGAAGCAACGGUGUGACAAGUCUCUUCCCAGUUGUUCGCGAUGUGCCUCAAAGAGGCUUCAUUGCACUUAUGUCGGAACAGUAACACCGCCGUUACUGUUGCGCCGACCGUGUUGUCUGGAUCUUUCUGAUCACAUUGCUCGCGACCUACUUGAAGCGGCUAGAGCAGAUCACAGCUCCUCCAAUCUGUCUAAAUUGAUCAGCAGCGUAUUCCAGAGUGCUCAAGUCACAGUUGAGAGCCUGAUAGACGACUACUUCUUCACGAUCCAUACAUGGUUACCCAUCAUCGAUGAGGAACACUUCCGCUCGCGGCUCCGCUUCUGGCCACAGACAAACGAUAGGCCGUUGGCUACUUUGGUGUGGUCCCUCUUGCUCGUCACACGAUGGCCUUGUGUGGAUGGGAAACACUCGAUGAACAACUCAUUGUACCAGACCACUAGGCAACUUUUCGUGGUCCAAAUCUCAGGAGCAGUCACGCUGGAGCUGCUCCAAGCUGGCCUGCUUAUUACCUACUAUGCGUGUGGACAUGGGUUACCACGAGAGGCAUAUGUAACUCUGACGACUUGCGUGACCAUCGCACAAUUGAUUGGCUUUGACUUUGCGGAGAUGAGUGAUAAUUCUUUGGAUCAGAGUGAGCAUUCGACAUGCCGAUGGGCAGUUGUACUUCUUGAUAGAAUGAUAGCGCUGUCGAGUCUCACGGAUCCACUUCCAUCAGUGUUGCCACCACAUUUUGGCCCUCAUACCGAUUGUCUGUUCUCGUUCCUAGAUUCAAAUGAGCAGAAACGGAGCUUUGACGUCUCUUCGAGGGCAGCAUUACACCUUGGUAUAGCUUUGAGCUAUGCUAAUGAUCCACGACCAGUCAGGUUGGCUGGAUCUACUUAUAGCGAUACAUAUUGCCGCACAGAAAGACUGGUUCGCGAUCUUCUAUGUGCUCCCCGGACCGCGCCGGAUUCUUACACAUACUGUGAGGGUACGUCAUUUGCUGUCUCUGCUCUGCUCGCUCUCCAAACAGCAAGUCCAAGCGGGGAGGAAUCUCAAAAGAACUCAAAAGAAGUAUUGCUUCUCCAAUCAACACUUCGCAUGAUCCGGGAGAACCUACGGAUGUCGACCUAUAUAUUGCAAGAGAAAAGCACCAAUGGCCUCUCUGUCCUUGCUCUCUGCGCUUUAUCACGCGUGGCUGUCAUCUUUGUGCGUCUAUACAUAAGCGAGCUAACCAGUCAAGAUUUUGAAAUGAUGCGCUCUAAUCUAGAGCGUUUUGCUACCCGCUGGGCCGUUUGCCGCAGAUAUCUUGAAUACAUUGAUGAGAUUGUUGCUUGUUAAUGUAGGUAUCAAUGAUAUACCAUCUCAGAGCUAGGAAGUAUCAAAGUCCGUUGUGCGUGCACGGCAAGCAAACCAUUU